AUGAAAAACGCCAAUAGAACAUUUUUGUAUGUUUAUGGAGGUAGAUUAUUACCUGUAGUUGAUGAUCAGAGUAUUGAUGAGUUUAUUGAUGGCAUUGACACAACUGAGAUAUUGUAUUUGGAUGUAUCAGUAAACUUUGAUCUAAAAAAUCCAGCAUGGAAUCUAUUAACAGCAGAUAAUCUUAUUGCAUUUCACACAAUUUUUGUUAGAGUAAUGAGUAAUUUUUUUAUUGGAGAAUUAGAAUGUUUAUUAUUUUAA